UUUUUUUCUCUUUUCACCUUUUUUUUUUUCUUUUCUCUUUAUUCAUUCCCCCGUCCCCAUCCUUCACAUAUAUCACGUUUAUACACAAUGAAGUUCUCUUUACUUGUAGCUUGUGUAUUGGUCUUUGUAUCCAUGAGCAUCAUGCUUGUUCAAGCUGAUUCUCUUCAAGAUGAAAUUGAUGCUGCCAAGAAGAAGUUCUGUGGUGGUAUUGCUGUAUCUGCCCCUGCCACCAAUGCUGUUUUCACUAGUCCCAGUCAAGUCAAGGUUACUGUUACUCGCAAGCCUGACGCUCAAGCCAAGAUUGUGAACGCUGUCGAUGUUUAUACUAUUGAUAACAAGGGAAAGGCUAAAUAUAUUGCUACUGCCUGGAAAGGAAACUAUGCUUUGAACAAGAAGGCCACUUUGACUGUCAAUCUCUCCAAGGUCUCUGGUCUUAAAUAUCCUGGACAAUUUGAAUUCCGUGUGUGGGUGCACAACAAGGCGGGACCUGAUUGUACAUUAAUGAGCAAGGUGUUCAAGGUACGUAGCUCUAACUCUCAUAGCAAUGCUGCUGAUGAACAACAAGCCUUCUCCAACUUGGACCAAAACAUUGAUCGUGGUUGCUUCGGUGUGGAAAUCACUGCUCCCAAACUUGGUGAACAUAUCAAGACCAACACUGCCUUCCCUGUCCAUAUCCAACGUGAUUCUGCUGCUCAUCUUGAUACUGUCACCUCUUUGACCUUGAUGAAGAUCGAUUUGGAUUCUCGUAAACCCACUGAAGUCAAGUCCUCUUAUUCUACUAACCAAACCAUCACUCAAAUGCUUAACAUCAAGGAUACCAUCGACCAAGCUACUCCUGCUAACACUGCUUACUUCUACAAGUUGACUGGUACCACUCAACAUGAUGAAACUUGUGAAUUCUAUUCUCAUCCUUUCUACGUCGAAGCUUAGAUCUUUUUUUUAUAUUGUGUUUAGUAUAGUGAUUUUAUCCUCUUCCUCUCCUUUUUUUUUUUUUUGUGUGUAUUCUUACUUCUUCCUCGUUAUCCUUGAUAUUAUCUGUUAUUUCCCUUUCACCUUUUUUUUUUUUUU